AUCAUCAGUGCAAAGCUGACAUUCAGAUGUGUAAUUACAGUGCUGUCCUUGUUACCUGCAUCACGUGGGAGGAAUGAGGACAAGCCAUGUCCUGCGUAGCUCACCACCCCAGCAGGAAUUCCCACUGCCAGCCUCAAGAUUUCUCAUCUGCAGAGCCAAGCCUUUAUCAAUGCAGAAAAAUCACGGAUAACUUAGAGCAACAAAACUGCGACCCCUGGCACCUGGCAUUGGCUGCUGUGUGGAACAGCUCCUCACAUCGGUAUGUGGCAGUACUGGUGCUUCCUUCCUGCCACAGCUCCCAAAUCCGACACUGCGGGAUGGUGGUACAGUGGCACCGCGGGAGGCUGCAACCAGAACAAGCAGAGCUCUUCUUUAUAUGGGAAGGUGCGGACCUCAUGGGGCCACAAAGGAAGGAGCUGGUUGCUGCAAGGCGUCCCCUGGAAACAGACUGGGUUACCUACAGAAGCCCAUCCCUCCCAGAUCUGCCUGUCCUAAAUCCCAAGCAGAUGGUGCAACUCAGCCCGUCUCCUCCAGCAAGGAUGAUCCCUUGGGCCUCCCUGCAGAGAGUGUACAUUUCAAAGGAUAAUUCCAGCAGCACUCCUUACCCUGAUCCGGGGGCUUCUGAGCAUCUAUGUACUUCAUCAUUCUUCACAUAUACCUGCCCCUGCCUUGCACCAUCUCCCACUGGGGCUUGCUUUUCUCUUCUAAAAGGGUCCCUUGUGCCUGGGAGUUGUUGUCAGAUGUGCUGCCUGUCCAGUGCACGAAGGACAGAGCCCCAACAAGACACGCUACUGGACAGAGGUUGCAGGGAAGGAUGGGCUCUGCAGGGCUCGCCCAGCACUUCCCGCUGCUGCCAGGUGGGGAAUAUCCCAGGGGGCUGGCCCCUGCACUCCUGUGCAAGAGGUACGGCGAAAGCAGCCCCAUCUUGCGCUGGAGAUGUGGGCCUCUCCCGCACCGUGACACUGCCCUGAAGCAGGGCAGACAGGGGCCGUGGCUGCAUGUGUGCGGGUGCUGUGCUCCUCCUGGUUCAGGCUCUGCAGGAGCAGGAGCGCUGGCACCGCCGCAGGGCUGAGGAGAGGUGGGAUGUGGGUAGAAGCAAAUUUGUCCCGAGAGCAGCAGCAUGCUGUCACCUGCAUGAUCCUGUGGUGGCUUCAGUGGAGGAGUAACAGCAGCAGAGAGCAGCCUCAGCGAAGCACGCGCGCAAUGCACCUCCUGCAGUAACUGCAGCGCUGGCAAGGAAGGAGCAGUGCUGCUGGGACCCCUCCGGCAUGAGUCUGAGCGCAGGAUGAGGGGACAACUCUGUGCAGAGACUUCCACUGCCCCCUGAGGUGGCAAAUGGCAAAGAUGGGACUUGGUCAUGGUAAAACAGGAACAUCGAGGGGGGGGCUCCAAGUGCCUGGGGAGGUAGGCGUGGGGCCGCAGGUCCUAUAAUGGCUGGAAAUUCAGGUCAGGAGGAGACCCCGUCUGGGUCUGGCUCCUCUGUGGACUGCAUUGGCCAGGCCUGUCACACUCGGCUGGCAUUGCCAUAGAGACCCACGGCCCCUCAGAAAGGCCUCCAGAGCCCACGUACCCACGUGGCUCCUCUGUGCUGGGCAGCGGUGCCAGGGGAUUCAGCAGUGACCUGGCAGCGAGGCUGCCGAGUGGGAGCCAUGCUGCUGGUGCCCCCAUCCCACUGCCAGGGGGGCGCAGGAUGUGCCAGGGCACCCAAAGGUGCUGGAGGCGCCCAGCAGGCUGGGAAGCAGCACCCAGCAGCCAGCCAGGUGCACGCCUGCCCACCGCACCUGAGGGCCAGCGGGCCCUGGAGCAGGUCCUCCCCCUUCCCAGGGAGACAGCGCUGGAAAGCCGCGCCAGCCCAGCCUCGCGGGGCUGCGGGGGCUGCACGUAGCCGGCAGGCCUGGGCGUGCCUGGCGCCACCCCUGCUGAGCCAUGUGCUGGAAGGGGCGCCUCGGCAGCUGCGCCGCAUGGUCCGUCCUGGUGCACGGCCGCAGGCGAAAGGGCUCGGGGCUGCCAGGGGCCUCUCCUUGGUGCAGCUCUUUGCAGUCACCAGCUGCCGCCUGCCCCACGCACGCCCCGUGCCCCUGCCUGCCACGGCUGUGCUCAGCUGCACGCCCGCAGCCACCGCUCCCCAGGCGGCCCCGGCCCUGUGCGGAGAAAAGGGCUCCUGAA